AUGUACCACCCACCGCCGACUAUCUGCCAUCUUCUUUUCAAUGUCUUCGAAGAGAAUGUGGCACCCAUAAUUUUGAUCAUCCAUAAGCCAAUGCUGAAAGGUCUCCUCCGGACUGUGAGCACAAACCCCGAGGGUUUGGAUAAGGGGUCUGAGGCUUUGGUAUUUUCGAUUUAUUUCGCUGCAAUCUACAGUAUGUCAACGGAAGAAUGUCUUGCGCAGCUAGGCGUAGACCACACCAUCUUGACCAAACGAUAUCGGUUUGCAGUCGAGCAAGCGCUGUUGCGGGCAGGACUCCUUCACACGCGCAAGCUGGUUGUGUUACAAGCAGCAGUCCUUUUCCUGAGCUGUGCCUGUUGUCCUCAAGAUGCACACUUUAUUUGGACCAUGAUCGCUGUGGUGACUCGUCUUGCCUUGAGCCUGGGGCUGCAUCGGGAUAGCAGCCACUUCGGGUUAGGCCCAUUGGAAACAGAGAUGCGGCGACGACUGUGGUGGUACAUAUAUCUAUUGGAUGUGCGAUCAUCCGAAUCUCAAGCCACGAGCCCACAAAUUCGGGAAGGAGACUACGAUACUCGAUUGCCGUUGAAUAUCAGCGAUGAUGAUAUGUCGCCUGACAUGGUUGACACACCGCCGGAACGAACUGGCUUUACAGAGAUGACCUUGACCUUGGUCAGGUGUGAAAUCCUCACAUUGCAUCGUAAAUUGAUGCAACUCAGCAGUGUCGGGGUUGAUUUUGAUGGACACAACGCGUUGUUUCAGAACCGCCUCCGCACGAUAGAAGAGUCCCGGAGGUCCCUUGACGAGCGAUAUCUCCAAUUCUGUGACCUUGAAAUCGCGAUCCACUGGGUGACCGCGACAAUUGCCCGCGUUGCUCUCGCGCGCUCGUGGCUUGUGUCGCACUUCUCGCUGCUGAGCGUCGAAGGAUUCCAAGAAGGCCUGUGGCCCGACCAAUGUGAUCUCCUCGUCCUCACCGCGAUUGAGGUACUCGAAUUUGUUUACCUGCUUGAAGCCCACGAUAAUACCAAGAAAUGGUCCUGGCUGUUCCAGGGAUACGUACAGUGGCAGGCGUUUGCAUUUGUUCUGUCGGAGCUCUGCGUGCACCCCACCUCCCCUUUAUCAGACCGUGCGUGGGUGGCCGUGGAUCGGGUUUAUCAACGAUGGAAUAGACCGAUGGGUAAUCUACUUGGGUUGAUGAUGCGACCGUUGGAACGUCUCCGGAAUCGGGCUGCUGCAAUUCGAGCUGAGCAGGGACGUGAUGAAACAAGAGGAAAUAUGCCUGUUGCAAACAACUUGGCUUAG